UCUCUUUCUAUACCCCCACAUUAAUAUUUGAGCACUCCAAAUAAAACUCCGAAAGACCAACGUUUCCGUAUAUUUUAUUCUCCCUCUCUCUCCCUCUCUCUCUCUGCGUGUGUGUGUGAAAUGGGGAGAGCACCGUGCUGUGAGAAAGUUGGAUUGAAGAAGGGUAGAUGGACAGCGGAAGAAGAUGAGAUAUUGACUAAUUACGUUCAUACUAAUGGGGAAGGUUCAUGGAGGUCCUUACCCAAGAAUGCAGGGUUACUUAGGUGUGGGAAGAGUUGUAGACUGAGAUGGAUUAAUUACUUGAGAUCUGACGUGAAGAGAGGUAACAUAUCUCCCCAAGAGGAAGAAAUCAUCGUCAAACUGCAUGCUAAUUUGGGGAAUAGGUGGUCUAUGAUAGCGGGUCAAUUGCCGGGAAGAACAGAUAACGAGAUAAAGAAUUACUGGAACUCUCAUCUGAGUAGAAAAAUUCACAGCUUUAGGAGCCCUAAUUGCAACCAACCAUUACCCCCGGUGACCAUGGACUUAACCAACACCGGUGUUGCACCCAAGCGAAGAGGCGGUCGAACGAGCCGAGCAGCCAUGAAAAAGAACAGGAGCUAUUUUCCCACAAAGGGUCCCAAAAUACCCCAAGAAAUAGGAUUUAUUCCGAACACUGGACUAGUGCCAAUGCACCUUACACCAACUUUAGACGCCGAAGCAAAUACUAAUGAAAUUGUAGGUGUGUCUAGUCCUAAUUAUCAAAGUCACGUAAACGGAAUGUCAGGCUGUGGGGAGGAGAGAGAAGGGUUGGUGAUGUGCCCUUGUGAGGAGAGAGAAAGUGAUGGUUCAAUAUCAAUGUAUAAUGAAGGGGUAGAGAAUAGUGGCAUGGAGUCGUGGGUUCAUGACAUUAUGGGGGAUGAGAUAGUGGACCCAAAAGGGGUUAUGAAUUUAGGUGAGGAGGAGGAGAGAGAGUACUCUAAGGUGGUGAUGAAUGAUGCCGUGAUCAUUAAUAGUGAGGAGAGAGAGAGUGGGGCCAUGAGCAGCUCAAAUGGAGAUCAGACUACUAAUAAUGGUGAAUUGCAAUCUUGCCCUUCAACGAAAACCAGUAACUGGGAUUUGGAUUGGGAUGCGGUGGUUCAAGGGCAUGAGCUAUGGGGUAUUGAGGAAGAGAAGAUGCUAUCUUGGUUUAGGGGAAUUGACAACAUUGAGAAGCAAGAAUCUAUGGUUGCUUGGCUGCUCUCUUAAUUUCAUUUAAUUUCU